AUGAAAGAGAUCAAGCAAGUGCUUAUGGACAAAGCUUCUCCUGCAGUUGCUGUUCCAUUCAGACCAUUCCCUGACCCAAAACUCGAGUUCGCCGGGAUCAGAGGCUAUUGCAGCACUUCGUUGCCCGAAACCGUGUGUUCCGGUGAGGAAUCGUUAAAAGAUUCUUCCUUUCAGAUCAACAUGAGGCAGGAUUCGUCAUCGUCAUCAUUACAAUCCGCUGCGGCACGUCUACCCGACGUUACGGUGGAUAUCUCCGCGGCAGAAGAAAUCAACGGCUCAGAUGAGUUUGAUCCAAGAUCAACGGCUAAGAACGAGAAGAAAGUGCUCAGCAGAACAGAGAGUAGAAGUCUGUUCGAGUUCAAGAGUGUUCCUUUAUACGGAGUCACUUCGAUCUGUGGGAGACGACCGGAGAUGGAAGAUUCCGUCUCGGCGAUUCCUAGAUUCCUUCAAGUCUCGUUGCUCGAUUGUGGCCGUGUCGCUAACGGGUUGAAUCCUCACUCGAGCGCUCACUUCUUCGGUGUUUACGACGGUCACGGCGGUUCUCAGGUGGCGGAUUAUUGCCGUGAGAGGAUGCAUUUGGCUUUGACGGAGGAGAUACUGAAGGAGAAGCCGGAGUUUUGCGACGGUGACACGUGGCAAGAGAAGUGGAAGAGGGCUUUGUUCAACUCUUUUAUGAGAGUUGACUCGGAGCUUGACUCUGUCCCGGAGACUGUGGGGUCUACUUCGGUUGUCGCCGUUGUUUUUCCGACACAUAUAUUCGUCUCUAACUGUGGUGACUCGAGAGCGGUUCUGUGCCGUGGCAAAACGCCACUCGCGUUAUCCGUCGACCACAAACCGGAUAGAGAAGAUGAAGCGGCUAGGAUAGAAGCAGCAGGUGGGAAAGUAAUCCAGUGGAAUGGUGCUCGUGUUUUCGGUGUGCUCGCCAUGUCAAGAUCCAUUGGCGAUAAAUAUCUAAAACCAUCGGUGAUCCCUGAUCCGGAAGUGACAUCGGUCAGACGAGUCAAAGAAGAUGACUGUCUCAUCUUAGCAAGUGAUGGUCUUUGGGACGUGAUGACUAACGAAGAAGUGUGUGAUAUGGCUCGGAAACGGAUCUUGUUAUGGCACAAGAAGAAUGCUAUGGCCGGAGAGGCUUUGCUUCCGGCGGAAAAAAGAGGAGAAGGUAAAGAUCCGGCGGCGAUGUCGGCGGCAGAGUAUUUGUCGAAGAUGGCUUUGCAAAGAGGAAGCAAAGACAACAUAAGUGUAAUAGUGGUUGAUUUGAAGGGAAUAAGGAAAUUCAAGAGCAAAGCCUUGAAUUGAAUAAGAAGGUUUGGAAGAAAUAAAAUAAGAAAAAAAAAGUUUUGAUGGUGGGUAAAUCUCUUUAAAAUCAAAAAAUCAGGUAAUAACAAUAUUUUUAAUUGUUUGUAAUAUUAAUUUUCUGGUUAUUUUAUUUUUUUAACUUUGCUAUUUUCCCACCAUUAUUUAAUUUUUUUUACUGACAUGAAUAUGUAUAUGUGAGAUCAUGUAGCUUCCAAACAAAAAUCCCUUUGUUAUCGGGGUUAAUUGUAAUAUGACUACACUCAUAAGCUAAGAG